AUGGCAGCCCCGCACCUAGCAAAUCUGAUAACAAAAUCGUGUCUCCGGAGACCAUUGGCAAGCUUUUGCAGAGCACCCAAAAGCUAUCUCAAUGCCCAAAGCAGGAUUUUUGGAAUCAACACAGUUUCCUCGCAAGGGUGUCCUAGCAGGAUAUCGCCGGCGUCGGCCGCCGGUUUUAAGAUGUUUGGUGGUACCGGGUUCGGGCCUGUGCAAUUUGGUAUUCGCUCUUUUCGAGUUUCGAGCGGCCGCGGAGCUGGUGGUGGUUCUGGAGGCUACGGCGCCGGAGGGUCUAGUGGUGGUGGUGGAAGUGCUGAGCUUUCAACAUUUUUGUGCAAGUUCGUUAUGCGAGUUGUGAGGCCUCGAAGGAAAACCAGUAUCUCUCCUUGCCAAGCAUCCUGUGAUGACAAAAGCAAUUACAUCCGCAUUUUUAACUUUGGUUGGAGAUAUGAUCUGCCAGGUAGACUGUCUAUUGCAUGUGAUAAAGAGCAUCUUGUGAUUGAUCAAGUACCAUCUCUUGAGGUGAAGCGGACAUUUCUGUUCACACUGUUGGGCCUGGUUUUGUAUCUAGCUAAUUUUCUAACCUUCAGCUUAGAAAGAAGUUUGGGCAACAUCAGGCGUGAAAGAGAAGCGACAAUGGCAGCCCCGCACCUAGCAAAUCUGAUAACAAAAUCGUGUCUCUGGAGACCAUUGGCAAGCUUUUGCAGAGCACCCAAAAGCUAUCUCAAUGCCCAAAGCAGGAUUUUUGGAAUCAACACAGUUUCCUCGCAAGGGUUUCCUAGCAGGAUAUCGCCGGCGUCGGCCGCCGGUUUUAAGAUGUUUGGUGGUACCGGGUUCGGGCCUGUGCAAUUUGGUAUUCGCUCUUUUCGAGUUUCGAGCGGCCGCGGAGCUGGUGGUGGUUCUGGAGGCUCCGGCGCCGGAGGGUCUGGUGGUGGUGGUGGAAGUGGAGGUGGUGGAAGUGGUGGCGGUGGAGGAAAUGGUUCGGGUCUGCUUUCAUGGUAUCUGUCUCUCCUUGCCAAGCAUCCUGUGAUGACAAAAGCAAUUACAUCCGCAUUCUUAACUUUGGUUGGAGAUAUGAUCUGCCAGCUUGUGAUUGAUCAAGUACCAUCUCUUGACGUGAAGCGGACAUUUCUGUUCACACUGUUGGGCCUGGUUUUGGUUGGUCCAACAUUGCAUUUCUGGUAUUUGUAUUUGAGUAAACUGGUUACGACUCCCGGAGCCUCUGGUGCUCUCUUGCGCCUUAUUCUUGAUCAGUUUGUUUUCGCGCCCAUUUUCAUUGGAACUUUUCUUUCUAUUCUGAUUACUCUUGAGGGGAGGCCAUCGGAUGUAAUACCAAAACUGAAACAGGAGUGGUUCUCGUCGGUUCUUGCAAAUUGGCAGCUGUGGAUACCUUUCCAGUUCCUCAAUUUUCGAUUUGUGCCCCAACAAUUUCAGGUCCUUGCUGCUAAUUUUAUUUCCUUAAUAUGGAACGUGAUUCUUUCCUAUAAAGCACACAAAGAAAAUGUGGGUCUGAGCUGGGGUUUCAAUGGCCUGCUUAGGUUUGCUGAGCUUUCAACAUUUUUGUGCAAGUUCGUUAUGCGAGUUGUGAGGCCUCGAAGGAAAACCAGUAGGAGGUAUUUGUAUUUGAGUAAACUUGUUACGACUCCCGGAGCCUCUGGUGCUCUCUUGCGCCUUAUUCUUGAUCAGUUUGUUUUCGCGCCCAUUUUCAUUGGAACUUUUCUUUCUAUUCUGAUUACUCUUGAGGGGAGGCCAUCGGAUGUAAUACCAAAACUGAAACAGACAGUGGCAGGCCAGCAACUGGCAAGAACCACAAGAUCAAGAAACUCGAGAGUAAAGGAACUGACUUUGUUUACAGAAUUCGCGAACACUCUUUCAAUUCCGGUGAGGAAGAUAAAAGGAGCUUACGAAAGGGAGAAUGCAGACAACCCGGCACAGAAGUACAUGGAGAUAGUGAGCCAAGAUGAUUUUGAGUUUUGGUUCAUGGGGUUUCUUGUGAUUGAUCAAGUACCAUCUCUUGACGUGAAGCGGACAUUUCUGUUCACACUGUUGGGCCUGGUUUUGGGCUUCACAAUGUGGGUCGAGCUGAGGCUUCGUUUGUCUGACGUUCAUCCCGCGGGGAGAUGGCCGACGAACCAAUGUCGUAGAGAAGCGACAAUGGCAGCCCCGCACCUAGCAAAUCUGAUAACAAAAUCGUGUCUCCGGAGACCAUUGGCAAGCUUUUGCAGAGCACCCAAAAGCUAUCUCAAUGCCCAAAGCAGGAUUUUUGGAAUCAACACAGUUUCCUUGCAAGGGUUUCCUAGCAGGAUAUCGCCGGCGUUGGCCGCCGGUUUUAAGAUGUUUGGUGGUACUGGGUUCGGGCCUGUGCAAUUUGUUUCGAGCGGCCGUGGAGCUGGUGGUGGUUCUGGAAGCUCCGGCGCCGAAGGGUCUGGUGGUGGUGGUGGAAGUGGUGGUGGUGGAGGAAAUGGUUCGGGCUUUUUUUGUUUUUCCACAAUUGAGUUAAUGCAUGUUAAAGAACUCUUUGUUUUGUUUUGUUUUCUGUGCAUUUGCAACUUUGGGAUUGUUACUUUGGAACUUUUGAAUGAGAUAAAGUUUGCUGAGCUUUCAACAUUUUUGUGCAAGUUCGUUAUGCGAGUUGUGAGGCCUCGAAGGAAAACCAGUAGGAGGUAUCUGCCUCUCCUUGCCAAGCAUCCUGUGAUGACAAAAGCAAUUACAUCCGCAUUCUUAACUUUGCUUGUGAUUGAUCAAGUACCAUCUCUUGACGUGAAGCGGACAUUUCUGUUCACACUGUUGGGCCUGGUUUUGGUUGGUCCAACAUUGCAUUUCUGGUAUUUGUAUUUGAGUAAACUGGUUACGACUUCCGGAGCCUCUGGUACUCUCUUGCGCCUUAUUCUUGAUCAGUUUGUUUUCGCGCCCAUUUUCAUUGGAACUUUUCUUUCUAUUCUGAUUACUCUUGAGGGGAGGCCAUCGGAUCUGUGGAUACCUUUCCAGUUCCUCAAUUUUCGAUUUGUGCCCCAACAGUUUGGUUUACUUGUGUGCGCCUAUAAACAAAUCGAAAUGGGUUAUGCUGUUUUCUUGAGGAGAAAAAUAUCGUCACAAGUCCUUGCUGCUAAUUUUAUUUCCUUAAUAUGGAACGUGAUUCUUUCCUAUAAAGCACACAAAGAAGUUAACUAA